AUGAGUAUUGUAACUCGUGGGCCUCUUGUUUAUGUAUUCUUGCAGCUAGAAACCAAAUCUGAAAUUAUUAAUGAGUUACAACGCAGUUUGGAGGAGUCAAAGAGACGAAGAGAUCGAAUAUCUGAUGAAAUCAAACGUCUUAAGGACCAGGUCAUGGAUCUAGAUUUAGAAUUGAGAUGCCAGGAACGUGAACCCUCAUUUGUGGAGUGUGACGGGGCCUGCAAGUGCUUCCAUUUCUUUAUGGAUGGAGCAAUUGACAAACUGGGAAUCUGGAAUGAAAAUAGUGCUAUGGAAGAGUUGCACCAACAAAGACUAAAUGACCCGGAUGUAUUGUUUCUGAGUGAACGUCCAAGACUGAAGAAGGGAGCAGUGCCUUCCAUUUUCCCUUUUGCCCUUUCAUUAACAAAUGAUGAGAGUCCAAGGUGUCAGAGGAAAAGGAAACGAGAAGAAGCUUCAAAUGAGCAACACGAUUGUACGGAGGUUCUGAAUACAAUAGAAGUGGUCGAUACCCCUGAGAUUCAAACCUCUAUUACAACUGAGGCAAUGGAUGAAGGUAUACCUGUGCAGGUGAAUCAGGGAGUACAGUGUGAGCUGAAAACGUUUGGUAAAUUUUCUGUUCUAAACUUUGAAAAUGAUCCCAAAAUGAUCAAAUAUUACACUGGUUUUUGCGAUUUUAUGCAGUUCAUGUUUUUUUUCAAUUGUCUUGGACCUUGUGUAUUUGAGCUUUUUCGACACACCACUCUUAUGGAUCCUAAAGAUCAGCUUUUUAUGGUUCUGAUGAAGCUCCGACAGGCCAAAGAAGAUAUUGAGUUAGCUCUUUUUUUCGGUAUUUCUGAGUCCUCCAUAUCUCGUAUCUUCAACACAUGGUUAAAUUUUAUAUAUUUUCAACUUAAAGAAUUAAGCUUAUGGCCUUCAAGAGAUGUGAUUCAACAGUUCAUGCCUUCUGAUUUUGGAAAGAAAUUUCCUAACACGCGAGUCAUUCUUGAUGCUACAGAACUUCCGAUUAACAAGCCAUCAAAUGUGAAUGCCCAGAGUAUAACAUGGUCUGCAUACAAACAUAAAAAUACAUUGAAAACCAUGAUAGGUUGUACUCCAAGAGGUGCGGUAAGUUUCAUAUCCAAAGCAUAUGGAGGAUCAGCAAGUGAUCGACAGAUAAUUGAAAAUUCUGACCUUCUGAAUCCAGACCUGAAAAUGUUUGAAAAGGGAGAUAGUAUUAUGGCUGAUCGUGGCAUAAUGGUGCAAGACCUGUUUGCUUCCCAAGACGUGUACGUUAACACCCCAACAAUGUUGAAAGGGAAGUCACAACUGGAUCCUGAGGAAGUUAUCCGUGAUAGACGAGUGGCAUCAAAGCGAAUUCACAUUGAGCGUGUUAUAGGGCUAAGCAAGGGCUUCAAAAUAUUGAGGCACCCUCUACCUCAAAGCAAAUUGCACCUUGGUUCUAGAAUUGUUUAUGUUUGCUUUGCAAUAUCCAAUUUCAGGAAAUCAAUUGUUGAUAAAAAUGCUUAA